CCGGAAACUGUUACUGAAUAACGCUGCAAAAUUCCUAAUUCCACCAUUCAUCAAAUUUUCAAACCAUGAAUCCUUCGUCCGGAAAUAACCAACAGAACCCCAACUGCAACGUUCCGUCCACCAUGCAGGACGUGUAUUACACGCCGCAACAGUACUACCAGCAGCAGUUCCCUCACCAGCGGGCACAAACCUACUCGGCUUCAGGUCAUAUGAAUAAUUCCGGACUAGCGCCAAACAUGCCUACCAUGCUGCAAAGCCAUCAAGCUCAACGACCUCAUCAAGCGCAAAUGCUGCCAACGACACCAGCCUUCCAGCCGGCGACGCUGCAACAACCGGGCACAGGUCCACUUCCGGGUGGCAUCCAAUAUUUCAUGGACGCCGCCUGCACGGUUCCGGCCGGAUCGCUACCUCAGCAACCGCAAGCUCUGAAUCAAUUUCCGCCCCAUCAACAAAGGCUUCUCAUGUCACAAUCGUCGUCGUCGUCCCUGGCUAAGGAGAACUGUACCAAUCCCCACUGUACCCAUUGCUGCAAGCCCCAAACGGCCCCGGCCGGAGCAAACUUACGGCGGCGAUAAAUUGGCGCGGCUUGUUGAAUCAAAUUUAUGCAUUUCAAUAAAACUGGACGAGAUUUUUUGUUCGA